UUGACAAACCUCUGAGGAUUGUGUGGGCGCAAGGAAAUGUUCAAUGCUCAGUUUCAGGGAAGAUGGCGACAAUGAAUCUAUUUCGUCUUGCGAGGCCAGGCUGUGGUGGAGCUAGACUUCUGCUGUCCCAGCAGACUCGCUCAUUGACUCGAUUUGCUCCACUACGAGCUGUAGCAGCGACCCCCCAGCCUACCAUCCCCAACAGCAAAAACCAACUUGUGCAGAAGAGAGACUAUGUGUCGCGUGCUGCAUCAAACAUGUGGGCUGGUGAGCGUGUCAUUGCCGUUGCAAUGCUGGGUCUGCUGCCGGCAGGCAUCGCAUUCCCUGGUUACAUGGUGAUUGACUUGAGCCUUGGCAUACUCUUGCCUCUUCAUGCUCACUUUGGUCUUCAUCAGCUGGUGGCAGAUUACAUCCACACAAACAUCGGUCACAGGAUCUUUGGUGUUGCUCUACCCCUACUCACCGGCCUGACUAUCCUGUCCUUCUUCUACUUCAACUUCACUGACAUCGGCAUCACAGCAGCAUUCCGCAAGUUUUGGAAAGCACUUUAAAGACUUUAGCAUUUGUUUUCAAUCCUGUACUGGUCCCAUGUAGCACUGUAUACUUUCUUUCUAUUGAUCAGCGAAUGCUCUGACAACAUACAAUCGGCUCAAGAGCUCUGUGUGUGUGUGUGCGUGCGUGUGUGUGUGUGUGUUUGGUGCAGUGGUAUGUGCAGCGAUUUCCAAUCGAUAGAUUGCGGGUUCGAUUCCCGACGAUUAUGGUCACACACGUCUUUCUUCUCUUUCUCAGACUCUUCCUGACUUUUCUUUCA